UAAGGGUUAGGGUCAGCGUCUGUGGAGAAAGGGGUUCCGUUAGAAUUUUCGCUCUGGGGCAUGAGGGAUCUGCGGGGUAAGGCGCACAGAGCCGUGAGGAGACGCCGUAAGGCCCGCGGCCAGGGCGCCCGAGGCCAGGCCCGGGUCCACGGGUGGUCGCACCUGGACCCGGGAAGCAGAGGGGCACAGAUGCUGCGAGAAAAAUUGUGGGUGCCCUGGAACGGGCUCAUUGUGAUCGGGAAGAGAAUGGAUCUCCUGGGUAGAAAUACACAAAAGCCUAGGAUGUGCGACCCAAAGCUUGACUCUGAGUACUGGGGACGAGAAGAUGUGGAAAAAAUGGUCUUGAAAGCGAAGUCAGGCCAAAGUCAGGAAAGGAUGGAUGUGAAGCUACUGCACAGUGUAGCAAAUGCAUUACGGACUUCAGCAGGUUUGGGGGAAAACAGCCCAAAGCAGAUGGGGGGAAAGCAAGAAAUUAGAGGCAAAAUAGGCGCUGAAUCCGAGAGUGCACGGACUACAGCAGGGUCUAGGAAGGGGUCUGGCUUUAAAGAGAGGUUGAAAUUUACUGGAAUGGGGACCAGAGGAGAGGACUUGAGAUCCAGACCACAUACACUAGGGCAGAAUGAGGAGGAGCUGAGGUCGAGUGGAGAGGAGCUGAGGUCGAGUGGAGAGCAGCUGAGGUCGAGUGGAGAGCAGCUGAGUGGAGAGAAGCUGAGAUCAAGUGGAGAGAAGCUGAGAUCAAGUGGAGAGAAGCUGAGAUCAAGUGGAGAAAAGCUGAGGUCAAGUAGAGAAAAGCUGAGGUCAAGUGGAGAGAAGCUGACAUCAAGUGGUGAGAAGCUGAGUCUGAGUGAAGAGAACCUGAGGUCAAGUGGAGAGAAAGAGGGAUCCAGGGGAGAGAAGCCGGAAAGUAGUGGAGAGGAUUUGAGAUCCACUGGAGAUAAACUGCAGUCAAGUGCAGAGAAGCUAGAGGGUUCGGGAAUGGAGAGCAUAACUGAAGAGACAACUGAGAGAAUGGUAGAAGUUACUGGUGAUGAAAAAUGGAUUACAGUUCCUGGUGCUGAGAUGGAAAAUCGUUUUGAAAAGGCGGAAGGAAGUGACGGAGAGCUGGAAGGGACUGAGGAAGCAAUGGGAGUUGAGGAUGUCUUGGGUGGAGUGAAUGAUAUUGCUGAUGAAUCUGCUUCUAUGGAAGAGAAAGAGGUUAUAGAUGAAGGUAACGGUGAAUGAGGCAGAUGAAGGACUGAAGCUAAUGAAGGAAAGAGAGUCAGAUAGAGGGUGUUGCCAGUCAAGGAGGAGAAAUUAGAGCCAAGCAGAGCAUUACUGACCCUGAAGAGGUAAAUAUGAGAGAGGUAAGGAGAGCAUGGGGAUGAAGAAUUUGUAAGGAUGAAGGUGGAGGCUAGGGCCAAAGGACAUGAAGAAGAAUGAGAAGGAGGGAAAUGGGAACAUUUUGAGGAGAUAGAAAGGAUCUGAUAAGGUCUUGCUAUGUCGAGGAAAGGUGGAGAUUUUUUUCUUGGAGAAGAGCUGUGACUGAAGGGCUUGUUGGGAAAUGUUUGAGAAAUGGAUUUGGGAGGAGCUAGAGGAUUUAGUUUAAUGUGUGGUUGGUUUAUAAGAUAGAGAAGAAUGCAUAGUGAGAAAAAUGGGGAAUUACAGCAGGAUAAAGGGUGGAUAAUGAAGGUUGUGAAGGAAGAUGCAAGCUGGAGCGAGGAAGGAAAACUUCUGAGAGGAUCCUGAAGAGGCAUGAGGGGCUCCAAAGUGACACAAGCAAGAGAAAAGAAAGAAGUGAAGAAAAAAACCUCAUUUUGGCCAACCACAUCAUCUAAUAGCUUCCAGAGAAAGAGACCAUGGGAGAUCUCUGCCUUCCCAAGAUCAUCUACUCUUAGCCUCCUCUGGUGAAUCUCAGAGCACUGAGAAAUUGUUGCCUCUUUGAUAGGCGGCUUACAUAGGCAUGAGAUCAAGACAGCUGUGUGGGUCUCUCAGAUGGCACUGCACAGCAUAUAAAUCAUGAACCACAUAACCAGACUUGUUCUUGGCUGGAUUACAUGUUCUCCUGGGAUACCAGGAUCAUUCCACCGAGGCCAUGGAAAGAAAUAGUGAAGAUCAAGACACCAUGACAAACGGCAGCCACCUUACAGUGCGAUGCUCGACAGUGAGAGGCUGGGGGUUCCAGCCAGGUGCCAGGUGGCCGUGGUGACCUUGACAGCACGUGACCUCUUUAGGCUUCGCUUUCCUCGUCUGGACAGACAGCAACAGCGCCGACCUUGGGGCUGGUGCAUAGUACACCAGAUGGAUGGGAGGAAACAGAACUUGGAAGAUCUAACUCGCAACGCACCGCCCCGUCCCAGGACCAGAAUCCGCAUGUCUGACGACCGCCCCUCCAGCGCUGGCCCCGCGGCGGCGCAUGGCCUGAGCCCCACGGGCCGGCGAGCCUGCCACCCAGGGGGAGAGCUGCCCAGCAAGAGGAGCAGUCUCAGACGGAGCCUCGAGGGGAGUUGACUGAUUGGCUACAGGAACCAAAGUAGAACUGGAAGCACCAGGGCACGAACCCUUUUCACACCUCCUGGAACAUCACAUCUAAGGCCCAAGCCUGGGAGCCACCCCCGCCCCUUGGUGUCCAUCUAGCAGGGGGGACAUGAUGGAAGAACAUGGAACUGGGUCCCCAGAGUGAUAGGUCUCUGCAAGGGAUCCUAGGUGCUAGGAAGAGAAGCGGAAACUGGGAAACUGGACCCCGAGCAACCACACUGGCCUGGUGGAGGGCCCCGUCAGGAUGCGGGAGUGCCGGGCAGGGUUUUGCACUCAACCAGACAAAGGGCAGGGCUUGCAGUCUGGUCCCAUUCUCUUCUCAGUCUCGAUGGUGGACUCUGGGUGCACCAAAGACUCAUCACCCCACCGGCCUUUCUCCUACAGCCGCAGCUGGACAAACUCUUGGUCUCCACACUGGUCGAAUGUGUCAUUGAAGCCCUUCCCACAGUAGGUGCAGAGGUGCCUCUUGAC